GUUCUUUCCCUUUCUAGAAGUUGUCUUGAGCGAGCCGUUGCAACUUUCGGUCAGCUAAGAGGUUGUUUUUAUGCCAAAAUGUCUACACUAGAAUCCCAAAGCUACGGUCCGUCGUCUCAGACCUUGACUUUUUUAGAAACUGAAGAAGCUGACUUCGGUGCAGAUACACAAGGAAGUGAAUUUGAGUUUAAUGAAUUUACUUUGCCAUCUCAAACCCAAACUCAAUCUCAGGCUUCCCAACUAAACUCUCAGUUAGAACAAAUAAAUCAUCCCAUACUAAAUGGUUACCCUGAAAAUUCAACAACUAUAAGUGUAAAGAAAGGUGGACAAGAACACGAAUUGUUAGUCAGAAAACACGGCAAUAAAGAAAAAUUAUCAAAUAAUAAAGAAAAAGAAGACUCGUUAGUGAAGGAUCUUGCCAAAAGUGUUAGUGACCUUAAUUUUGAAGAAGAAGACGAAGAAAAUAUUGCUGAAAAAGUAUUACCUUCACAUGCAUGCAGGUAUUGUAGUAUCCAUGAUCCAGCUUCUGUAAUUUUGUGCAAUCUAUGCAAAAAAUGGUUUUGUAAUGGAAGAGGAAAUACUUCUGGGAGCCACAUUAUUAAUCAUUUGGUUCGAGGUAAACACAAAGAAGUGACAUUACACAAAGACGGUCCUUUAGGUGAAACUCAGCUGGAAUGCUAUAACUGUGGUUGUCGCAAUGUUUUUUUACUUGGAUUUAUUCCAGCAAAAGCAGAUUCUGUUGUAGUCUUACUAUGUCGUCAGCCUUGUGCCCAACAAAGCAAUAAACAAGAUUCAACUUGGGAUCAAACCCAAUGGCAGCCAUUGAUUCAUGAUCGAUGUUUUCUUUCAUGGCUGGUUAAAAUUCCUUCAGAGCAAGAGCAGCUUCGGGCUAGACAAAUUUCAGCAACUCAAAUUAAUAAACUAGAAGAAUUAUGGAAGGACAACCCAGAUGCAGUACUUGAAGAUCUAGAGAAGCCAGGUGUUGAUGAAGAGCCACAAGCAGUCCUGUUAAGAUAUGAAGAUGCUUACCAGUAUCAAAAUAUAUUUGGUCCUCUUGUUAAUCAUGAAGCAGAGUAUGACAAAAAGUUGAAGGAAUCACAGUCUCAAGAUAAUAUUGUUGUUCGUUGGGACAUCGGUUUAAACAAAAAAAGAAUAGCAUACUUUAAUUUUCCCCGUGCUGAUGGUGAAAUGCGCUUAAUGCAAGGGGAUGAGCUUCGCUUACGCUACAAUGGAGAGAUGAGGAAGCCUUGGUCUGGUGAAGGGCAUGUAACUAAAGUUCCUAACAAUUUUGGAGAGGAAGUUGGCCUUGAAUUACGAAAAAAUGAUGGCGUUCCUACAGAAUGCACUCAUCAUUUCUCUGUAGAUUUUAUUUGGAAGUCAACAUCAUUUGACAGAAUGCAAUAUGCAAUGAAAACUUUUGCUGUUGAUGAAACAUCUGUAAGUGGUUACAUUUAUCAUAAGUUAUUAGGCCAUGAUGUUGAAGAGCAAAAUGUCAAGUGCAGUCUUCCUAAAAGGUUUUCAGCUCCUGGGCUACCUGAGUUAAAUCAUUCUCAAGUGUAUGCUGUUAAAACUGUUCUUCAACGACCUUUAAGUCUCAUUCAAGGUCCACCAGGUACUGGCAAAACAGUGACUUCAGCAAGUAUUGUGUAUCACCUUGCUAAACAGGGGUUGGGACAGAUUCUUGUUUGCGCUCCGAGUAAUAUUGCUGUUGAUCAACUAACAGAAAAAAUUCAUAAAACAGGAUUAAAGGUAGUUCGCUUAGCUGCCAAAAGUCGAGAAGCAAUUGAUUCACCUGUAGGAUUUCUUGCACUUCAUAAUCAAGUAAGAAAUAUGGAUAGUAUGCCCGAACUUCAAAAAUUGCAACAGUUAAAAGAUGAUCAAGGUGAGCUUUCAUCUUCUGAUGAAAAGAGAUACAAAACACUUAAAACAUCAGCUGAAAAGGAGUUACUUCAGCAUGCUGAUGUGAUUUGUACAACAUGUAUUGGAGCUGGUGAUCCAAGACUUCGUGUAGCAAAAUUGCGUUUCAGAUGUGUUCUCAUUGAUGAAUCCACACAAGCCACUGAACCAGAAUGUAUGGUCCCCAUUGUACAUGGAACAAAACAGCUUGUCUUAGUUGGUGAUCAUUGUCAACUUGGUCCUGUAGUUAUGUGUAAGAAAGCUGCAAGUGCUGGUUUAUCUCAAUCACUAUUUGAACGGCUUGUUGUACUUGGUAUACGACCUAUUCGUUUGCAAGUGCAAUAUCGUAUGCAUCCUUCAUUAAGCGAAUUUCCAUCAAAUUUAUUUUAUGAUGGAACACUUCAAAAUGGUGUUACUGUUGCUGAAAGAUCACAGCCUGGUGUUGAUUUUCCAUGGCCAGUUGGUGAUAAACCAAUGUUUUUUUAUGCUACCACUGGACAAGAAGAAAUAUCUUCUUCUGGCACAUCUUAUUUGAACAGAACUGAAGCUGCUACAGUUGAAAAAAUUGCUACAAGGUUUUUACGUGCAGGUGUUAAACCAGAGCAAAUGGGCAUUAUAACUCCAUAUGAGGGUCAAAGAGCAUAUAUUGUAGCUUAUAUGCAGUUUAGUGGUUCUCUGCACUCAUCUCUAUAUCAGAACAUCGAAGUAGCUAGCGUUGAUGCUUUUCAAGGCAGAGAGAAAGAUUACAUCAUAAUGUCUUGUGCUCGGUCAAAUGAGCACCAAGGUAUUGGUUUUUUAAAAGAUCCUCGAAGGCUCAAUGUUGCUUUAACUCGAUCAAAAUAUGGUUUAAUUAUCAUCGGAAAUCCAAAAGUGCUUUCCAAACAGCCGUUAUGGAAUCAUCUUCUCAACGAUUACAAAGAAAAACGAGUACUAGUAGAAGGUCCUUUAAACAAUUUGAAAGAGAGUAUGAUUCAGUUUAGCAAGCCUAGAAAAUUGGUCAAUCGAACAAAUCCAGGUGGGCGUUUUAUGACAAAUACAAUGUUUGAUGCUAGAGAAGCGCUUCUUGCACCAGGAAUGUAUCCAAAUAGAAACAUAAGACCACCACAUGUUGACCCUGUGAUGGAUUCAUACUAUCGCACUCAUGAUAGAAUGAACUUUUUUCCUACUGGUCCUGAUCAAGCUAGAAAUGCAUUUGCUGCUAAUAUGCCAAUACCAGUUGGAAUGUUCAUGUCACCAAUGCCACCCCCAACUUACCAGUUUAAUCACCAGGCAAUGUCGGUGCGUCCAGGUCAUCAAAAUCGUCCACGAAUGCCAGUUGGUCCAAGAAUGAACCAGAAAACUGGUGGAAAUUAUAAUAAUAAUAACAAUAGAAAUGGAACUAACCAGGAUUUAUCUCAAGGGCCAUUAUCGCAAGGUCCUCUCACCCAAGGAGGUAUGAGCCAACAAAUGCAUCCUUUGUCACAACCACUCUCUCAACCAGAGUUAUCACAGGAUAGCUACUUAGGAGAAGACUUCCAGCUUAAAUCUCAAGCUGAUCAGGUUUUAUCUCAAGAUUCGUCUUAUCAAGGAGAUCGUGGUGGCUACCAUCCGUUUUCUUCACAAGCAGAUUACUCUCAGCCAAUGUACAAUUCUCAGUAUUGAAGAAAAAUCCCUGUGGUGGCCCGGGAGUGGUUUAAUGACUUGUGGUUUAAUGACUUGUGAUUUCUCAUUAAUCACUAUACACUCUUCCCGAAUAUACAGGAUACCAGAUGACAUAUAGGCCACCGAUGGCGAAUGUUCAAUGGUUUUACACAUGUUGUGCGUUUCUAUAAAGGCGGCAAGUUUACAAAGCUGUUUCCACCAGAAUUCUUUUGAAACAAAACGUUAAUGCUCGUUUAAUAUGGACGUUUUCAUUUUAUUUAUUUUUUUAAAUAUCAAAUUUUAGAAAACGUCACUGGCACAAUAUUUUGUAUUCUUGCUAUACGAUUACUAGAUUGAGAAGCUGAAAACAGAUCUUGUGUUUACUUUACUAUCAGUGCAAUAUUUCGUUAUAAUUUAGACUUAAUAUCGUUUCAAUCCAAGUUGAUGACAGUAUACCGAUGCGUUCAUAUACAAAUUAUACGAGCAUAUAAUGAUCAACUCCAGAAGCGUUUUUAUUCGUUUUUAAAAAGAAUACGUUUAUUUUUAAUUUUUUUUUUUUUUGUUCCUCUAAAAAUGUAUACUGCCUUGCGAUUAUCUUUGGUGAAUAGCACAAUAUAUGUAAA